AGAAAACAAUGCCAUAUGCGUUUGAAAUGUUGUCAGUCCUAAACUAUUCCGCUAUAAGGAAGUUAUCAAUUUUCGUAAGGUUUGAAACGAGAUUCCAUUCUGUGAAUCUUGACCUGAGCUUUGGAAACCAUUCAAAUAGUAUAUAUUAUAUGUUAUCGAAAAAUGAUACACUAAUAGAUAAAACGAAAUACAACAAGCGGCUUGUUGGAGACAAAAACUACAUUGAUGUGGUGUGCGAAGAUUUGCUUCAUAUUUUGACAAAUGCCAAGUUUGGGGAAGAUAUCGAAAUUCGUAUAUGGUACGACCACGACAAUCAGGAAACUUUAGAACUGGCGAAUCGUCUUUAUGAACAAUUUAAGAUUCAUUCACAAACGACAAAAAAUCCAAUUUAUGUACGCUCACUCCAUUUGCAAAUAGAAAAUCUCUCUCAACUGUGUUCCGUAUUAACAUACUUCAAUCCAGACAAAUUAACAGAAUUGACCAUCGCUUAUUUGGGUAAGCCAUUCGGUUUUAAAAAUAUUGUGGUAAUGGAUCAUUGGAAGAAUGCAAAGAAAAUUCAACUUGAUUGUAUCGUUGUUGAGAUACCUAUCGAAAACUUCAGCCACUGUGAAGAUGUAACAAUAUUCGUCUUGUGUAUUUCUGCAGAUGACAUACGAACACUUGUAAACGCAAUCGUCUCCAACUCUUCAUGUUUGAAACAUUUUUGUUUUACCUAUCACUGUUUGCACGAAAACAUCACAGAACAAUUUUUGGAUAAUCUGAUUUGUGAAAAGCAAAUUAAUACGGAUGGAGAGCAUGUUCGAUUGAUUGAAAAUGAGAUCAAGUUUAUCCAUAAUCUUGGUUCGGAAAAAAUGUAUAUUUCUAAAUUAUUUGAUAAGAACAAAGAUGAGAGCAUAGAGACUUCUGCACUAACCAGCCGGCCAUCAAAGUCAGCGAUGUUAUGUUUAUCCAACCAAUUGAUUAUGGAAAAAAUUGUUCAACAUUUUGAUUUUGCUGAUUUGGCAGUGCUCCGUAAAGUUUCUCGUGGAAGUCGUCAGUGUGUUGACAUUCUUAAGCCAGACCCCAAAUUGGUGGCAAUGAACUUUCAUUUGAAACCUUCAAUAUUUGUUGAAGUGUUUGGCAGAGAUAAUUACAAAAGAUUUUCAUGUGAAGCUCCUGGCGAUUUGCUUCAAAUUUUGAAGGAUCAAAAGACUGCUUUGAAAAGGAUUUGUGUCACUUUAGGCUCAUCUAGACUCAUAGAGUCGGGUGAAUGGAAUUCUGAUGAUACUAAAAUAGAAGAUUGGAAAUUGAGAGAAGAGCAGUUUGUUGAAAUGUUCAGCAAAUCUAUCUUCUUACGUGGCGAUUUGAUUCCAGUAGUGGAAUUAUGUUUGAGAACAUUAAGUUUGAAAGUAGCGGCGCAAAUGCUACAAAAUGUGGACCCCGUUGCAAUUAAAACAAUUGAAAUUCGACCCCCUCUCGGGAUUCCAAUUGCCUUACAAUUAGAGUCACACUUGGAGCAACUUGUAUGCUUGGAGCAGUGGACAAGUGCACGUGAAUUGAAGAUUGAACAUUUUUUCGUAGACUGUGAUAUUGAAAAUUUGAUUCACUUUUCAAAGGUUGAUAUAAGGAUAACAUCAAUUUCAUUGAAAGAUGUCUUAUAUCUGAAAAAGAAAUUCCUAUUAUCUUCCAAUUUCCUUCAAUUCAAGGCCAAGUUCUCAAAAACAAAUGUCGAUGACUCAAUAUUUGAAGACAACUUUUUGGGAGAGCCAUUUCGAAGAGUUGAAGAUAUAUCAUCAAAUCAACCAGAUAUUUGGUUCUUCUCUUACAAAGAAGGUGUUGAGGAUCUUCAAAUUCGUUAUUAUCCAAACGCAAAAGAAUUUAUGUUCAAACGUGUUCCACGGAGAUGAUUGUUUUCUAAUUCACAAUACUCCAUAUUACUUUAAUACAUACAGUGCUGGCCAAAAAGAUAUCCACUUUUG